GUUCCAGCGGGAAAAGUGCAAGCUCCGACUACAACACCACGAGCCUGAACGGCUGGCAUGACGACCUUGACGGACUGGUCUACCAAGCCGCGCUUGACGUCUUUCAUAAAAAUCUGGCAGAGUUCAACGCCUCCCAUGCCGGGUGCAGGCAGUGUUACAGCGAUGCAGGAAGGGCGCACUUGUAUUUGAGUGCAUCCUGA